CUUGAUUUCACACAUUUCCACAUCGCUGGAGCAAGGCACUCGAAGAUGCUGGCGCGACACCUUGGACCCCGGGCGACAGCUUCUUUGACGAAGGCUGCACCGCGUCGCCACUUUAGCGCGUCGCGAGGGGCCGCCAGGUCUUCACCAUCUGCGUCUGCGCGUCGAGAAUUCGAUGCGUUCAUCUUUGAUGCACAUGCGUCGUGCAAGGGAAAGCGAUGUACGAUGGACGCAUUUGCACGCCCGGAAGGUUGCGGCGAGGAUUCGUUUUUUGUCUCUCCUACCAUUGUUGGUGUUGCAGAUGGUGUGGGUGGAUGGAAUGAGAAUGGCGUCGAUCCGUCUGCAAUUAGUCGCGCUAUGAUGCGGUACUCGCGACAGCUUGUGCAAGGAUACGAAGGCGACCCCGCCAUGUUGUCAACCCUCGAUAUCCUCACUGAAGCGUAUGCGUUGACUUUGAAAGACGAUGCGGUGGAAGCAGGAAGCACUACGGCGUGUAUCAUCAAGAUUCGUGCAGGGAAGGAUGGUGAACCAAUGCUCGACUACACGAAUUUAGGCGACUCGGGGUUUGCCAUUGUUCGUGGCGACAAGGUUGUCUUUCGCAGUUCAUUUCAAAGCAUGGGGUUGGCGCCAUUCCAGUUGGCCAAGAUCCCCGAGCGAUUCAAGUGCUAUGGUGCGAUGGAAAGCCAACCGAGCGAGGCGAACAAUGGCACCGUUGCACUGGAGGACGGCGACAUCAUCGUGCUUGCGACCGAUGGCGUUUGGGAUAACUUUGCCCAAGACUUGCAAGAGAUUCCUCCUUUCUUUCCGCCUGUUAUUUCUUGGCGGCGAUACUGGCACGGCCGCAUCGACUCCCUCGUGAGCGUCGUAAGCUCGUGCAAUUCCACGAAAGAAGCCGCCGAUGCUGUUGUCGAAGCUUCCCUCUCGCACAACCUCAAACCCGACGACGUCACGGUCAUCGUGGCCAAAGUUUCGGUCAAACCCAAGGCGAAAUUGUAAUCUAGUUUCUUCUAUCAUAAAUCGAGGUUUACACGUUGAAGCUCUCGCCGCA